AACACGAAGUCCUUCAACAGGCAUUAUUUUCUGAACCCUGGGUGGAGCCUACAAGUCUAGUCAAGACUUAGUCAAAUUUCCUCAAAGCAGAAAAAAGCAGCAGCGAGGGCACAAGUCUAGAAAAUUAUUGUAGCAAGGACCUUUCAUCCAUUCAUCACGCCAUCAUGAUAAAAACGGGGCCGACUGGGAACUACCUUUGUUUUUUGCUGUUCGUCAUUACACUAUGCGAUGUUGUGGACGCCAAGAAACAUUGGAGGCAGCAGCGGGAUAUUGGUGAAGUUUUGAGCCAAGUGAAUACCAGACGACUAUUUGCAAGACAAAAGAUCUCAAGGCCAAUGGAGAGUCAUAGAUCUAAAUGUAAGUCAGUGGUCACGGCGUCCGUGCGGAGCUGCAGCCUCCUGAGGGAAAGCUGCUCCCCCAACGAACUGUGCUGCGGCUCCUGCUCCUUCUGCCGUUGUCGCUUCUUCAACAUCAUCUGCCGCUGCUGGAAGAAUAAACCUCCGUGCUUGAGGGGGGAGAAAAUUCCAUGCAUGAGCUUCUAGUAAAUAUCAUGGAAUCACCUGGCUAGUUUGAU